AGCGUUUUUGUUGUGCGCAUGCGCGACUGAGCGUUCCCUGCUCCGAAGGUUGAGCCAAAGUAAACUUACCUGUUAAAUCACACACGGUUUGAUCUUGCAUAGAAAAUGGACACAAACGCAGCCUGCAGCGACACUUAUGAACUUUAACGACGCCUUUACGAGAGAAAACACCGACGUGACCCAACUUUCCGCACUUCGAAUGCAGCAUGUUCCCUCAAGUGCACCUCCAUCUUCUCCCGAGCACACGCUGCCUUUUCGACGACCCCAUCCAUGUCAAGGUGGCCGGUCUGGGGUCCGGGCAGGUUGUCACCAUGAGGGCCCGAGCCACCGACGAGCGGGGGGUGGUCUUCCGCUCGGCGGCCAUCUAUCGGGCGGACGGCGGCGGGGAGCUGGACCUGUGCCGGGACGCCGCUCUGUGCGGCACCUACGAGGGGGUGGAGCCCAUGGGCCUGCUGUGGUCUAUGCGGGCAGCUGUCCCCCACAAGUAUUUCCAUUGGAAUAAGGCGCUGAGUCCUCAUGUGGUCAGGUUCUCAGUGCACGACGGCGUGGACGUGGAGGAGGAGGAGCGGGGAGGCGCCCUAGCAGAGGCCACCAACGAGAGGGUCCUGAUGGGGGAGGGCGUCACGCGGGAGGUCAUUGACCUCGGGAAGUGUAGUGCAGUGUUGUUCACACCGCCAGGUGAAGGUCCGUUCCCGGGCGUGCUGGAUUUGUCCACCUUUGCGUCCGAGAAGCGAGGCAGCCUGUUGUCCAACAAAGACUUUGUGGUCCUGAGCGUGCCCGCGCUCUACGACAAGACCGCCAACGUCAAGCACUUGGAGCUCGACUACUUGGAGGAGGCUCUGCGCGUCUUACAGCAGCACCCCAAAGUGGGCAGUGACGGGCUGGGUGUGAUCGGGCGUUCCAAAGCGGGCGACAUCGCCCUAUCCUUGGCAUCCUUCGUGCCCGGCGUGCGUGCGGUGGUCUGGAUCAACGCCUGCAGCGCCAACAUCGGAGCCCCUCUGCACUACCGGGGCCGACAGAUCCUCUCCCCCUUGACCGCGGACCUGACCAAGAUCAUACCCACCUCCGACGGCGCCAGCAUCGUCAAAUUUUGCACCAGUGACCCCGACGGUGAAGAGAACCGGACCAGCCGGAUCCCUGUGGAGAACGCCAGCGCCCACUUCCUCUUCCUGGCUGCCGAGGACGACCUCAACUACGACUGCCGGACCUACAUGGAGAGCAUGGUGGCGCGACUCAGACGUGCUGGGAAGGAGAACGUGGAGACGGUGUGCUACCCGCGGGCCGGGCACCUCCUGGAGCCACCCUACGGGCCGCACUGCCACUCGGGUCUGCACGGGUUCCUGCGCGUACCCAUCCUGUGGGGUGGCGAGCCCCGAGCCCACAGUCGCGCGGAGGUGUUGGCCUGGAGGAAGGUGGAGGAUUUCUUCAGACGCCAGCUGAGCUGCCGACAGGCCAACACCAAAGCCAAGUUGUAAACUGAACGACGCUAAAUCGUCCCAAAAUUAUUCGUGGUCAUUGAAGGCAUCAUAUUCGAUGAGAAUGCGUGCUUUUUAUUUUGUGAUUUUUCAGAAAAACUCUGUCAUGAUUCAACACUAUUUUAUUGUAUGAGCAGAAGAUUUGAAUAUUUUUACAAUUCAACAUUAGUAGUAACUACAAACUGCAUACAAAAUUGAACGCAAGAUUGCGACUUUGACUCAGAAAAUUUCUAUUCUGGUAAGAUUCAGAUUUUCUUGUUCUUGCUUCAUUCUCAGUAGAAUGUGACUUUUUUCUCAAAAAGAGAAAACUUUAUCUAGCAAUGUCAUGAAUUUAUUCUUAAGAAAAAUUCCAAGAUUACAACUUUAUUCUCAGACAAAAUAAUGAAUUGUCCGUGCAAGAUUGUCUUUCUCCCCCCAAAAAUAUGAUGUGCAAUACCAGUUUCAUUCCAUAUAAGAUUGUAAUGCCUCUUUGUGCCUUAUUUUUUGUAUUUAAAAAAAAAUAUAUAUUUUUACGAUUAAACUUUGGUAAUCACAAAUAAUAAAUGCAGCGUAAUGAAAAAUCAACAAAUUUAUUCUUGAAAAAUGACUGUUGUCACGUUUAUGACUUUACAUAGGUUUUGACUUUAUUGUUGAAAAAAAUAUAUAUAUUUGUCAUAACAUUAUGCCAGUUUCAGCUCAGAAACCAGACUUCUCAUAACAUUAUAGUCUGGCUGACAAAAACUUCAUUCUUGAAAGAAGAUGACUAGUCACCCAUCCAUCCAUUUUCUGAGCCGCUUCUCCUCACUAGGGUCGCGGGCGUGCUGGAGCCUAUCCCAGCUGUCAUCGGGCAGGAGGCGGGGUACACCCUGAACUGGUUGCCAGCCAAUCGCAGGGCACAUACAAACAAACAACCAUUCGCACUCACAGUCAUGCCUACGGGCAAUUUAGAGUCUCCAAUUCAUGCAUGUUUUUGGGGAUGUGGGAGGAAACCGGAGUGCCCGGAGAAAACCCACGCAGGCACGGGGAGAACAUGCAAACUCCACACAGGCGGGGCCGGGGAUUGAACCCGGAUCCUCAGAACUGUGAGGCUGACGCUCUUACCAGUCGGCCGCCAUGACUAGUCACAUAAAAUGUAAUUUUUCCUGAAACGUACAGCUUUAUUCUCCUGAGAUUUACACUUACAACAAAAUAUCAACAAAGCGCCAGGCCCAGACCUUGUGUCCCCAUCCUGCCUCAAAGUCUGCAUGGACCAUCUCGUUCCAGUCUUCACACAGAUCUUCAAUAGAUCUCUGGAACUGCGAGGUCCCAUCCUGUUUCAAACACUCCAUCAUCAUCCCAGUCCCCAAGAAACCUGCAAUCUUGGGUCUGAAUGAGUACAGGCCUGUCACCCUGAUAUCUGUGGUCAUGAAGUCCUUUGAACGGACCACCUCAAGAGCGUCACAGGUCCCCUGCUGUACUCCCUGCAGUUUGCCUACUGAGCAAACAGGUCUGUGGAUGACGCAAUCAAGAUGGGACUGCAAUUCAUUCUAGAACACCUCUAUGGCGUGGGGACCUAUGUGAGGAUUGUGUUCGUGGACUUCAGCUCUGCGUACAACACCAUCAUCCCUGAACUCCUCUCCUCCAAGCUUCUCCAGCAUAGCGUCUCGCCUGCCAUCUGACAGUGAUUUCACAGCUUCCUGAUGGGUAGUAGACAGCAGGUGAGGCUAGGGGACACUACCUCAUCGACACGCACCACCAGCACCGUGCCCCAAGGAUGUGUCUCUCUCCACUGCUCUUUCCACCCUAGACGAACGACUGCACCUCAACACACCUGGCUGUCAAACUCCUGAAGUUCGCAGACGACACCACAGUUAACGGCCUCAUCAUCAUGACGAGUCUGCGUAGCGACAGGAAGUGGAGCGGCUGCAGCUGGGGUGCGGCCGACACAACCUGGAGCUGAACACGCUCAAGACUGUCGAUAUGAUCGUGGAUUUCAGGAGGCAUCCUUCGUCACAGCUGCCCCUCAUGCUGUCCAACUGCCUAGUGUUAAACGUCGAGACAUUCAAGUUCCUGGGAAUUACAGUCUCUCAGGACCUAAAGUGGGAGUUCAACAUCAACUCCAUCCUCAAAAAGGCCCACCAGAGGAUGUACUUCCUGCGGCUUCUGAGGAAGCACGGCCUGCCACAGUUCUUGAGGCAGUUCUACACAGCAGUCAUCGAAUCAGUCCUGUGUUCACAGUCUGGUUUGGUUCUGCCACAAAAAAGGACAAACUCCGACUGCAGAAAUAAUAUGUAUGCUAACAUGAAUUCAGAAUUUUUUUUGUUGAAGAGAAGGAGAUUUUAUUCUGUUAAAGUUUUUUUUCUGGGAAAAAAUGAGUUUUUAUUUGUUAAAAUACUAAUAAGAUUGUAUUUUUGAAUCUGAUUCAUGAUAAAAUUCCCUAUUUUACUCUAACACGAUGCCCUUUUUCCUCUAAUACAAUUAUUUUUCCUCAUGAAAUUGUGACUUUUUAUCUUGAAAAAUACAUUUUUCUCAUAGUCAAUUUUUUUCCUCAAAAAGAAAUACAAUUUUAUUUUCAAAAAGGUCUUUAUUCUUGAAAAACAUUUUCCCCAAAAAAAAUCUAUUACUUUUUGUGAAAAAGGUAGAAAAUGUUAAGCGUAUCAUUAGUAUUGUAAUGAAUGUGAUGUUGUUUUGGCAUUGCUGUCUUGUUAAAUGGCAUCCAUGUAAUCAUGUAAAUGUCAUUGUGGUAUUUUCAUUCGCUCGUUGUGCGCGUGUGUGUUGUGUUUGUGUUGGGCUGAGGUCUGGAAAUAAUUAAGAUAAGAGCA